AUGGCAGCUGCCAUGUCGAGGAGAGCGGUGGCCGUGGCCGCGGUGCUCGCCGCCGUCACCUCGCUGCUCGCCCCCGCCGCCGUGGCGCAGCUCUCGACGUCCUUCUACAGCGGCAGCUGCGCGAGCCUGGAGUCCAUUGUGAGGUCGGGCAUGGUGUCCGCCGUCCAGCAGGAGCCGCGCAUGGGCGCCUCCAUCCUCCGCCUCUUCUUCCACGACUGCUUCGUCAACGGCUGCGACGGCUCGGUGCUGCUGGACGACUCGGCGACGCUGACGGGGGAGAAGAACGCCGGGCCGAACGCCAACUCGCUGCGCGGCUUCGAGGUGAUCGACGCCAUCAAGUCCCGGGUCGACGCGGCGUGCCCCGGCACCGUGUCCUGCGCCGACAUCCUCGCCGUCGCCGCGCGCGACGGCGUUAACCUGCUGGGCGGGCCGUCGUGGGGGGUGCCGCUGGGCCGGCGGGACGCGCGCACGACGACUCAGGCAGCGGCGAACAGCAACCUGCCGUCGCCGUCGUCGAGCGCGGCCACGCUGAUCUCGGCGUUCGCGUCCAAGGGGCUGGACUCCCGCGACAUGGUGGCGCUGUCCGGCGCGCACACGAUCGGCGCGGCGCGGUGCGCGAGCUUCCGGUCGCGCGUGUACAACGACAGCAACAUCAACGCCGGGUUCGCGACGCGGCGGCGGCAGGUGUGCCCGGCGCAGGGCGGCGUGGGCGACGGCAACCUGGCCCCGCUGGACGCCUUCAGCUCCGUGCGCUUCGACAACGGCUACUUCCGGAACCUGCUGAGCCGCUUCGGCCUCCUUCACUCGGACCAGGAGCUCUUCAACGGCGGGCCCGUGGACUCCAUCGCGCAGCAGUACGCCGGCAACGGCGGCGCCUUCUCGGCCGACUUCGUCACCGCCAUGAUCAAGAUGGGCAACAUCAGCCCGCUCACCGGAUCCAACGGCGAGAUCCGCAACAACUGCCGGAAGCCCAACUAA